AUGUCAGGCGCAUGGGAGUUCAUCAAAAGACACAAAGGCAAGAUUAUCGCUCUUGGUGCAUUGACUGGAGCUGCUGCUGGAUCUGCUUAUGCAUACUACACGCAACAAGAAGCUCAACAACACUUGCUGUCGAGCUUAAGUGAGAACGAAUUCAGAUUUCAGCCAAGGCGGCAUUUUGUCUUCAAUGCUCAACAGCGUGCUUGUGAUAAGUCAAUCCGCGACAUUGUACCCAAUUUGAGUAGUCUUAUUGAGGAUAGGUUCCCUAUUGAACAGCUCACUGAAAAAUUGAAACAGAAUAGUGAUAUGAGUGUUGAGGAAAAAGUGGAGAUUUGGGAAAAGAUCAAGGUACUAAGCGUGGCUCGUAUUAUGGGCGUAGCCUACUCGUAUUCUUUACUAACGCUGGCGCUGAAAUCUCAAAUUUCAAUUCUUGCCGCUGACAUCUGUACUGAGUUUGAAAGGACAAUUUGUUACACACCUACAUGGUUGGAUACGAUUAAAACGCAGGUCGAGAACCUUUUGGGUUACGAAGCUGAACCGAUCAGAGAUCCGUAUAUUGAAGUGAAUAGCAAGCAAGUGGCUUCCAAUAGACAAGUUUUCAUACGAUGUAUUGAAUACCUAACUACUACAGGGGUCGCAAAGCUGUUGACUGUAAUAGAAGAAACAUGCAAGGAAUUUUGUUCAUCGAUUUCAUUGACGGAUCGUGUCAACCAGGACAGCCUACGGGAUGUGCUCGAUCAAAUAGAUGGAAAAUUAUCUGAACUGGAGCCAUGUUUCUUUUCAAAAUUAGUCGCCCCGCUCUCAGAGGAAGAGAGGGUGUCUGACGAUGGAGUACUGCAGCUUCUAACACGUCUGGUGAAGGCUCUGGAAUCGAAAGAAUGUCGUGAAACGCUAGUGAGCCUUGUCGACUUUUAUCUCACAGCGGCAGUUCAUAAAGCGCCUGAGAAGCCUGAAGUCCUCGCUAAAUUGCUACCUUCUAUGUCCGAUGUGUAUUAUUUCAUUUCUACUGACGGAUAUGACUCACCAUUACAAAACAGCCUUUGCUCAUCAGAUGUCGAUAACUUCGCUGGGUUCGUGUUUGGACUCACUAAGCAACCAGCACUUAGCAGUGCACUUAUUGCUCAGUAUAAAUAG